AUGGCGGAAUGCGGAAGCGUAUCCAUCCCUGAUACAUAUUUCGUCAUCAACCGAUCGCCUCAUUCAUUAUUGCGUGAGAUAAUUCUUGUCGAUGACUUCUCAAAUCGAAAAUUUCUGGGGGCUGAAUUGGAACUCUUCUUACAAACUUUGCCUAUCAGAAUUAAACUUAUUAGGGCUAAAGAAAGGGUUGGAUUAAUUCGAGCAAGGCUUAUGGGGGCACAAGAAGCUGUAGGAAAUGUUCUUACUUUUUUGGAUUCCCAUUGUGAAUGUACCCGUGGAUGGCUGGAACCGUUGCUGGCCAGAAUAAGGAAAGAAAGAAAGGCGUUUUAUGUAGAUGUUAUAAAUGACCAGACAUUUGCUUAUCAAAAAGGAAUCGAAUUAUUUAGAGGAGGAUUUAAUUGGAAUAUGCAAUUUAGAUGGUAUGCAGUUCCAACAGAUAUGGCCAAGCAAAGGCAUCAAAAAGACCCUACAGCAGCCAUUGUUUCUCCAACAAUGGCUGGCGGUCUCUUUAGUAUAGACAAACAAUUUUUCCAAGAAUUGGGUGCUUAUGACCCGGAUAUGGACAUUUGGGGAGGAGAGAAUUUGGAAAUGUCUUUUAGAGUAUGGCAAUGUGGAGGUGUUAUAGAAAUUCUGCCUUGCUCCCACGUUGGCCAUGUAUUCCGACAUGCCUCUCCCCAUGAUUUUCCUAAAGAAAAAAGUUCUGGUAAAAUACUUAAUUCAAACUUGGCGAGAGUGAGUGAAGUAUGGAUGGAUCAGUGGAGGCAUUUCUUUUAUAAAAUAUCACCGCAGGCUUCUGCUCUAAUUCCUUCCUUAGAUGUUAGUGAAAGAAUUGAAUUACGCAAAAAAUUAAACUGCAAAAAUUUUAAUUGGUAUUUACGAAAUGUGUGGAAAGACAAUUUUUUACCUAAUGGACGUUCUGCACUUAUUGGCCGUUUUCGUCAUCUAUCCUCAAAUUCUUGUCUUUUUGGCCGACCUUCAAAUCCAGGGAAGAGACAUCGUUUAACAAUGGGGACAUGCUCUCUAGGUUUUGAUAUAUGGCAGGUGGAAUGUUUAUGUAGUUGACAUUAAACAAUUUUGUAGUUUUGGGUAUUGGCUUCGUCCAAAGAAUCAGAAGGUGUUAGAUUAAUGAGUGACGAGCAUCAAUGUUUAAGUGCAGCUAAAGAACAAACAGAUAAUAAUGUUUGGAGAGUUCAAUUAAGGGAAUGUGGUGGACAUAGUAAGGGAAGAAAUGAUAAAGGGUUGGGUUAAAAACGGGGAAAAAGGAGGGAAGGGAUUUUAGAGAUGAUCUAGAGAGGGGGUAAUGCUUCCUUCGAUUUCUUAGG